AUGCUUCUUCCAGUACGUAAAUCAUUUUGCUUUUUUAAUAUUGCCUCAACAAUAGCUAUAAUAUAUGUAUUGAAUAAAUAUAAUCGAGACAAUGAUGGAAAACUUGUUAAAAAAUUGAAAAAUGUAAAAGAAUGGCUAAUUAAAGAAGGGAUAACAUUAUAUAGAAAGUAUAGACUAUUAAAAAUUCCCAAAAUCGAUAAAAAUGUAAUAAUAAAUAUGAGUGAUAAAGAAUUAGAAGAAAAAUUUGCUCAAGCAUGUAAUGAUGUUAAAAUAAUCCAAGGGAAAUUAAAGUUUGAACAAUGGAUAUAUUUAUAUGGAUUAUAUAAACAAAUAACAUCAGGCAAUAUAAAAAAUGAUAGCAAAUCGUCAUUAAAUUUUAAUGAUGAAAUGAUUAAGACUGAGCAAAUGAAUGCUUGGAAAAAUUGUUAUGGAGUUAGUAAAAAGGUUUGUAAAUAUUUAUAUGUAAAAUAUUUUAAUGAAUUAUUUCCAAAAGGUGUAGAAAAUUCAAAUACAAAUUUUCAAAUAGAUUUAAAAAAAAAUAUAAGUAAAAUGAAACCUUUGACUGAUCGAUUUUUUGGCAGCAGCAAUACAAUUUCAAAAGGCUCAGAAGAAAGUUUAUCUGAUAUAUUAUGUAAUUAUAUUGUUUCAAAAAAUAUGUCAUUAAUUAAAAAAACUAUCAAAGCACAUCCAGAUUUAAUAAAUGCAAAAAACAGAGAUGGAUUAACACCAUUACAUUAUGCCUGUGAUAGAGGAUUUCUAGACAUUGUUAAAUUUUUAAUAAAAGCUGGCGCAAAUAUAAAUGAAGAGGAUUCCCUUGGAGAUUCAGUAUUACAUAUAGCUGCUUAUUCUGGAAAAAUGGAAAUAAUUAAAUUUUUAAUAAAUGCUGGUGUAAAUAUCCAUAAAAAAAAUGCAGAAGGAUUAACUUAUGAGGCAAUUCUCAGUAAAUUAUAA